GCCGUACGAUGGCCUGCGGGAUGCUAGCCCCCUUCUAUCCAGCUUUUUUCUUGUUUAGUGCUUAGCUAUCGCAGCGAAAACUGUGUUUACUUGCGUGCUAGCUGCACUCCUAGCGUUGUCCACCUCGGCGACUGUCUGUGACCCAACUUUGCGUUACACGGGGCAUGGCGUGACCGGGACGCCAUGUCUGCGGCUCAGACGUCGACAGUGCUGAAGGCGGUAGGCGGGCAGGCGGACUGCGAGCAGAAGGCGCCAGUAGCAGAGUCGAUAACAUUGCGGCUAGUGCCCCGGAGAAAGAAGAAGGAUGACCGCGUCCACUGGUCCAAGGACGUUCAAGAGAUCAACGAAUUUUCGGGGAAAUUCAAGUCGAAGAAGUGCUGCCAGUUUCAUAAGCGGCGUGUGUUCGGAGAGUGGAGCGACGAGGAUGACAGCGAUGUGGAGUGCCAGUGCAAGCCGGAGGAUGUGCAGCCUAAGGAGCCGUAAAGCGGCUUCCUGCCAGGAGCCUAGCCGUCCUUUGUACAGAGCACAGUCACCUACUAGCUGGUCCCUCACCGUGACUUCUGACCAGACGGUAUUGGACAUCGUGCAUAUGUGGACGAUGAAUUGGCGAUGGAUUUCCUUCAUGCGUCUGCGCAGCGCGGCCUCCUAGCUGCUUAGUAGCUGGAGGAGCCCUAGGAGGCCAUGAACCAUUUCAUACGACUGUGGAAGGCUUGUCAGCUUGAGGCCCAGACGCCAGGGCUGUGUUCAAGGACCGACGAGGAUGGGGCCUCGCGGUCUUGUGGCCAUGGUCGGCGUUGUUUUGGUGGGUGCUAGCAUGUAUUGUGAGGCUGUAGUGCCUUUUCGAGAGUUGGGUUGGCUGCGCAAGCCGGUGUUUAGCAAUCUUGAUGUGACGUCAAGGCCCAGCCCCGUGUUUGUCAAAUCAUAGAUGCAGUAUACAUUACGCAUAGCCCUUGCGGCUCUGCGCUAAUCUCGCGUGACGUGGUUGGCAAGGGGCUUGCGGCGGCCAAUCUGCAGGUGCCUGCUUAGAAUUUUCGCUCUGCUUGAUGAACUUUUGUGUCAUGUUUAAACUAUUCGCCAUGCGCAAACCUCGGCGGUCUUUAUGCUGCUGGUGGAGUUGUUACGGUGGACACAACGCGCGGACAUGGCCUUUCGCAUGGUGUGCUGAGCUAGUAGCGCGGGUUCUCGUCCGAUGAGGAUUUCGCUUCAGGGGCUCGUCUGGGCAAACUGGGAUGUUUACCGGUGAACCAGCGUAACAGGACGUGGA